AUGUCUGAUUUCUACAUACGACUGUACAAAGACUCAGAUUAUAAAGUGGCCAGGCAACUAUUUAACUCUGGAAAUGCCAAACACACGAAAAAAGCCUUUAAACAUGCGAUGAGACAGCCCCACAUCUGGCCCCCGCUGCUGGCCCUCCUUAUUCUUCCUGCGUUAGACAUUGUGUCCUUUACCACCUCUAUCUUUGCAGUGGUGGGGGCCAUUGUUUUUUUGUGGUUUGCCGCCUGGCGUAUGUACUGGUCUUAUGUCCGACUGUGUUUUCUUGAUGACAUGCUGGACAUAAGGAGGUACUACUUGGAACAAGAUGGCCGUUGCUUCUGGGUGGCGGAGUCUGGAGGACAGGUGGUUGGGACAAUAGCAGCCAGUCCUUCUUCAUAUCCCGGUGGAGAAAACCACGUGGAGCUAAAACGACUUUCUGUGUCUCCCAGCCAUCGCGGUAAAGGGAUCGCCAAAGCCUUGUGUAGGACCAUGAUUGACUUUGCCCGGCAUAGAGGCUGCAAGGCCGUGGUACUGACAACCAGUUUAGUCCAGAAAGAUGCCCGGAAAAUGUACGAUAAAAUGGGAUUCAGAUUGACGCACAAUUUUUAUCGGCCAAAACCUUUCACAAAGCUUCUGGACUUCAAAAUCUUGUUCUACCAGUACGACAUCCCAAAACUCCAGUGA